CGCUGGCGGUGCCUUUAUCCACGUGUUCCAUCAUCCGCGCCGAGCUGCGCGCCACUGCCCGCCUCGGCCUGCUGCUCUCCGCCCGCCGUCAUGUCGCACUUUCAGGGACUAGGACUUGGGAAACCGUCUUCACCCCCGCCUCCGCCAUCGUACACGGAGGCCACGUCGUCCUAUCUAGUGCCGUCACCAAAUCAUCUCAGCCCGCACGGCUCGGUGUCUCCCUCCUCGCGGACAGCCGCCCUGCCUGGGAGCACGUUCUACAUCCCCGCAUCGCCGAGGAGUCAGCAUGCAGUGUACUCUGGGCCGACGCCGCUGCUGCCGACUGCGGUCUCGCAGUAUGCUGCGUUUCACGAGCAGGAGUUGCUUAUGGCUGCAGACGAGCGCGCACGAUGGCGCUUCAUCGGGGCUGUCCUGUAUGGACUGGCGGUAUACCUCUUCAUAGGGUUCUUAUUUGGCAUGUUCCACGGAGUGCAUGAGCUACGAAGGAGGUGGUAAACCUGCCAAGCCGUGCCUGCUUGCUUGCAACCGCACACACCUUACGAACCCCAUGCUCAGUCUCGAUAGACGAGGAAUUGUGUCUGCAUACACGCUGUGCGAUGAUGAUCUAUUCGUAUGAUACCUAAGAUCGCCCCUUGCUGGUCCUGUCGACUACUUACGUCUCCCACCAUUAUCAGUAUCCUACCACACCUUGUACGAUCAGUAAUGUCCGAAUCAAUACCCAGUUCCUACCAUGAGGUUCUUACUUUGAACAUUGAGAGGCAAAUAUGACGAUGCACCAUCCAUAACUUCGAG